CCCACUUCUCUGAUUCAGCCAUCAAACUGUGACAGCAUCAAAGAACUGAGGCUCGGCUAUGAGGCGCCUGCUCUUCCUCCCUGCCCUCCUCUGGCUCAGGGGGACCUUAGCAGAGGACGAUGAUGGAUGCAAUCAGGUAGAGGUGCCCGCAGAAACUGAGCGCAGAGCUCCUUCACCUGUCCACAACCUGAGACUCAACAACUCCAGGAGCCCAUCCAGGCUAGAGGCCACUUGGGAUCCUGCCCCUGGAGAACAAGAAAGCUACCAGCUUCUCCUUUACCACCUGGAGUCCCGGACAUUGGCAGGGAACAUCUCAGUGGAUCCAGGAACUCUCUCCUACCAUUUUGCCAGUCUCCUGCCAGGCAGUGAAUAUGCCUUAUGGGUCACUACCUGGGCUGGUGACCUCCAUGCCAAUACCAGCAUUUGCCAGUGGACAACUCCAGUACCCCCAGAACAUUUAGUAUUGCUUGCCAUGGGGACAAGUGUCCUUCAAGCUUCUUGGAGCAGGGCUGAAGGGGCAGCUUGGUUCCACCUGACCCUCUUGAACCUCUUGGAUGGUACCGUCCUCACAGCUGUGGCCAAGCGAGGAACCACCAACCACACCUUCUACAACCUCUCCCCAGGCACUCCCUACCAGCUGUCAUUCAAUGCCACUUCUGGCCUCUUGCAGAUUGGAGGACCCAAUGCCACCGAGUGGACCUAUCCCUCUGUCCCUUUUGACUUGAUGCUGACUCCUGGGUCCCCUGGGCUCUCGGCGAGCUGGCAGGCAGGGCCAGGGCACCGGGAUGGCUACCUGUUGCAGUUGAGUGGACAGGCUGAGAGGAACAGUACCUUGGGACCCGAAGCUCUCAAUGCCACCUUCCCAGGCCCUCUUCCUGCUGGCCACUACACUUUGGAGCUCAUGGCCCUAGCUGGACCCCAUGGUGCCUCGGCUCAGUCUGGUACCUGGCUGGAGCAUGCCAAGGCCAGGCCCCAGCCUGGAGUUCUCCAGCUAGCCGUACUGCAGGCAUCGAGGGAGCCAGGCCGGAGGGCGCUACUCUACACCGAGGGCUCCCCAGACAUCAUCGCCAAUGUUUCUGUGCUGCCCAAUGCCACCCAUGUCACCUUCCGAGGGCUGGUGCCAGGAGCCCGAUACCGAGUAGAUGUUAUCUUGCCCUCGGGGGUCACCACUCAGAGCCUUGCGGGGCCCACCUGGCCCCUGGCUCCACGCUCACUGGAAGUCGCAAGCAGGGGCAGCACCUCUGCCCUGGAUGUCCAGUGGGUAUCUCCAGAAGGGAGGCGGGAUGGUUACAGGGUUUCCUGGCAGGAAGAAGGGACCCAGAAGACCUUAGGCUUCCUCAGUGUGGGCAGCAAGCAAACUAAUCUGACUCUUAAGGGCCUCACCCCUGGUUCCUGCUUCGUUGUGUCAGCUUGGGCCUGGGCUGGGCACCUGAAUUCUACCACCCAGAAGGCGUAUACUUGCACAUUUCCUGCCACCCCUACCAACCUGAGCCUGGGCAGUGAAGGCAAACCUUCCACCCUGACUGCCCACUGGGGCCCGCCUCCUGGGGCCUUGGAUGGUUACCGGUUAUGGCUGUACCAACGAGCACCCCAGAAACUGAGGGGAGAAGCAGAAGUGUCUUCUGAGAUUCGGAGCUUCUCCUGGCCCCAGCUACCACCAGGCACAGAGUUCCUGGUACAGCUGGUGGCCCUGCGGGGUGUGGAUGAGAGUGACAUUAUAAAUGCCACAGCCUGGACGUAUCCUGAGGUACCAGGAAACCUGACUCUCUUCAAUGUGGGCAGCCCCGAGGCCCCAGCCCUGCUGGCAUCCUGGAAACGGAGUGGAGCACAGAGCUUUGAGCUUACUUUGUCCCAGCUGCCAAUGGGCAAUGCCACUCACCAUGUUAUCCUCAUGGGCAAUGUCACCAGCUAUACCUUCUGGGGGCUGCAGCCAGGGACAGCUUACAGUUUGAGGGCUGGGGGCAUUGGAGGACCUUACCAGGCCUGGGCCCCCAAGCUCACUUCAUGGACUCUUCCCUUGACCCCAGCCAUGGUCAAUGUAACCAGUAAGGACCCAACCAGCCUCUGGGUAUCCUGGGGCCAGGCAUCUGGGAGCCAGGACGGCUACCAAGUCACCCUUCACCAGGAAGGCACCACAGUGGCUACCAGUGCCGUAGGACCCGAGGUGAACAAUAUAAGUUUUUCCAAUCUGACUCCAGGCACCAAGUACCGGGUAGAGAUUGUCUCUUUAGCUGGGCCCCAUCAUUCUGUGGCUGCCAACAUCACCAGCUGGACGGCCCCACUGGUGCCCAAGGAGGUGUCAGUGACCAUGCAAGGGGACAAUGCCAUGGUGACUUUGACUUGGGCUGCUGCCCCAAAGGGGCAGGGGGAAUGCCAGGCCCAGCUCCAAGAGUCUGGACGCCUCCACCACAGGCAGCCUGUGUCCCCCGGCCAAGCCCGCCUCAUCCUGAGGGGCUUACUUCCUGGGCAUACCUUCUUCCUCUCUGUGUGGUGCCAAGCGGGACCUCUCCAAGCUGCUACCAGUCCAAUAGCGCUGCUCGUGGAGCCCAGGCCAGUGGAAGAUGUGCAGUGCCAACCUGAGGCCACCUACCUGGCACUGAACUGGACAGUACCUGUAGGAGAAGUGGGCACCUGUCUGGUGGUGGCAGAACAGCUGGGGACUGGAGGGAGAACACAACCCGUCUUCAGUGCGAAUACCUCCCAGAAUGCCCUCUGGCUCCCUGGCUUGAUGCCUGCUACUUCUUAUCGCCUUAGCCUCACCUUGCUGGGGAGAAAUGGGCUGUGGAGUCAGACGGUCACUUUGCUGUGUACCACCUCUCCAGAAGCCUGGCACCCCCCAGAGAUGGCAGCUGCCCCUCGCUUGGAGCCUGAGGCAGGGGCUGGAGUGGUGAUUACACGUGACAUGUUUGGUGAGGACAAUGGACAGAUCCAAUGGUAUGGUGUUAUUGCCACCACCAAUGCCUCAUUGGUGCGGCCAUCCCAGGAGGUCAUCUCUCACACUUGGUAUGACCACUACUACAGAGGACUUGACUCCUACUUGGCUGUCUUGCUGCCCUCCCCCUUCCGCCCAGGCCCAUGGGCAAUGCCCCGCUCCUGGACGGUACCUGUGGGCACAGAGGAUUGUGGCCAGACCCAGCAUACCUGUAACGGGAAGCUCAAGCCAGAUGCCCAGUAUAGGUUCAGUGUUGCAGCCUUUAUCAGCUCUGACCCAGUCAAUCCCACUGUCUCCUUCACAGCCUUCUCAGAACCUCGGGCUGGUGUCUCGGGGGCAUCAGUGCCGCUCCUGGUGGCAUCAGGCAUUGUAUCAGGGUGCCUCUUCACCUUGUGUGUCGUGCUGAUCCUGCUAUGCUGGAGACGUAUAUGGCUUGAAAGGGCAGAAAAGAAUCAUUUCUCCCAAGAGAUGACACCCUACAGCCCAAGGAACAUCCGCCGGCCAAUUCUUAUUCAGAACUUCCAACAGAGCUUUGAGGCCAAGAAAGCCAAUGCCCAUCAUGCUUUCUUCCAGGAGUUUGAGGAGCUAAAGGAAGUUGGCAAGGAGCAGCCCAAACUGGAGGCAGAACACCCUGCCAACGCCAUUAAGAAUCGCUACCCACAUGUGCUGCCCUAUGAUCAUUCUAGAGUGAGGCUGACUCAGCUGGAUGGUGAGCCUCAUUCUGACUACAUCAACGCCAACUUCAUCCCGGGCUAUACCAGACCACAAGAAUUCAUUGCCACUCAGGGUCCACUCAAGAAGACACUGGAAGAUUUCUGGCGGCUGGUGUGGGAGCAGCAGGUCCACACAAUUGUCAUGUUGACUGUGGGCAUGGAGAAUGGGAGGGUGCUUUGUGAGCAUUACUGGCCAUUAGACUCUAACCCAGUCACUCAUGGCCAGAUUACCAUCCGCCUCCUGGCAGAGGAGACAGGCGAAGACUGGACAAGCAGGGAAUUCCAGGUGCAACAUGGCCCCCAGCAGGAGGAGCGCUGGGUGCAGCAGCUGCAGUUUACGGCCUGGCCAGACCAUGGCGUUCCCGAGGGUCCCAGUUCCUUGGUCACCUUUGCAGAGUUGGUACUAGAGCGGGUGCAGGCCGCCCCGGCCACGGCACCCACCUUGGUGCACUGCAGCGCCGGCGUGGGCCGAACUGGCACCUUUGUGGCCCUGGUUCGGCUCCUACAACAACUACAAGAGGAACAGGUGGUGGACGUGUUCAACACGGUGUAUGGCCUGAGGCUGUACCGGCCCCUCAUGAUCCAGACCCCGGCCCAGUACAUCUUUCUGCACAGCUGUUUGCUGGACAAGAUUCUGGAGGAGCCUGCUGGGUCCCUUGUCUGCCGGCCCAUCCUUGUGAAGAACUUCUCCCAGCAGCAUGCCAAGAGGUCGGCCCACUCCAAUGCUGGAUUCCUGAGGGAAUACGAACUCCUUCUGGAAGCCAUCAAAGACCAGGAUAACUCUGCCUGCCACCAGCUGGGCAGUGCCAUCUCCCAGCUCCUGCCCUAUGAACGUUGGAGAGUGAAGUUUUCUCCUCUGGAGCAGAGUCCCUGUGAUUCUGCUCAGGCUUGGCUCUUUCUAGGGGGGCCUUCUGGCCAAGACCAAGUAGCACUGGCAGGUCCUGUAAAGGCCGAAGAAUUCUGGCAGUUGGUGUGGGAUCAUGGUGCCCAUGUUCUAGUGUCCUUGUGCCCACUGGGUACUCAGAAUGAGGAAUGGUGGCCAGUGUUGGAGCAUCCGGUCUGCACCGAGGCACUGAGUGUCCACUGGGAGGCAGAGAGUGAUGUGGCAGGGUGGGCUUGUCUUCAUCUGAAUGUCAAACAUGAGAAGAAAGAAAAGGAACUCCAGGUGCAGAUGCUGCAGUUUCCAGGCUGGGAAUGUGGGCAGGAGCCUCCAGCCCAGGCCCUGUUACCCUUCCUGGCAGCCAUGAGCCAGUGCUGCUCACAGGUCAAGAGCAAGAAGCCAACAGUGCUCAUCUACUCCAGCUCAGGAAUGGGCCAGCUGGGGAUUCUCUUGGCCAUGGAGCGGCUGAUGCAGCAGGCAGAGUCCCAGGGCUUAGUGGACGUCUUUGGUGUGGUCCUACAGCUGGCACGGGCCUGCGGCUCCAUGACGCCCACACUGGAUCAGUACAUUUACCUCUAUGGCUGUGUGGGCAGUGCCCUGGCCCAUGGGCUAGCCUAAGGGAAUGGCUACAGCUGCCCAGGAGCAGAAGAGUCUGGAGCCCCUCCGCUUGGUCAGUGUGGAUGAAUCUCAAGGGUCUGGACUGGCUCCCCCUGGGGGAGUGGUCUCCAUGUCCAGUCCUCAGGACUAUAAAAUUGUUGUGGGCCUCUGGAAAUAA